AUGACGAUUCUCUCGAGACCGAUUCCUUCCAAGUCGUUCCGCUCAUGGAGAAUUACCGCUGGUAACUUUGAAAAGAGACUUUGCGUUCAGGAGCGCACAGUAGAAGGACUCAGCAAAAACAAGCGUAUUGCACAUCGUCUUCUUUACAGAGAAACCGAUUUUUUGCGGUAUCGGAUUAUUUUUUCAUACAACACGUUGGACUAUGAAAUGGACCCCGUAAAGAGACAUGUGGCCAUGAAGAAAAGAAGUAGGUCUUCACGUAUUGUGCUGGCUGUCGCCAACAGUCUCCAAGAGAUUAUGUGUGACUGGGACACAAUUACAUUACUAUUCAAGGACCGAAGUUUGGCCACCAUGAGCGAUUUGCUAGCGGCGGACAGUUGGAAAAGACUGCACGAGUGCCUUAGUGACACCUCCACGCUUACUGAGGCAUCAAAAGCGGAAACAGAACAGAAGUUAGUCAGUGAGAGUGGUGUAAUAAAGGACGUAAAAUGUAUUUCUUCAUCUCACUCUGGAGAGUCUGGGCAGGAAAAUGGAUUGAGUUAUGACAUGCAGCAACAGCAACAGCUGUCGUUUGAUGCCCAGGAUAUGUGCUUUAUUCGUAUUAUGAGUUUAUGGAGUUGGCUACACCCCCUUGACACAUUUGUGUACCUUUCUUUAUUAAUUUUUGCUUUAGGGUGCGGUGUCAUGCGUUUUUUUUCUUUUUUUUUAAUUUCACUCGGUGCUGGAUUUACUUAUCCUUUUCGUCCAAUGAGUCACGAGGAGCUACAGGAAUUUGGGGAAAGACUGUGUCAGCUGGAAAGUUAUCUUGGUUGGCGGAGUCCUCGACACGUUGUGUCAUCUAUUAUUUCUCUCGCGUUGGUGAAACACGUGGUGUUAGUGCUUUUUCCGCAGCUGAAUUUGAUGGAUGCUUUGGAAAGUGUUUUGUUACCGUCGUUGGUUUCAUUGCUUUUGUAUAGGGGAAUUUUUCAAAUUUUUUGUGGAGUAAACUUGCGAGUGCCGGUUUCUGCCGCGGCGGGAACCGCUUUUGAGGAACCCGUUUGCCCAACGACACCGUGUGUUGUGAAUGACGAGAACGAGGAAAAUGGAUUUUUAAUGAGCAACGAUGUGGAGGGGACACCAGCCACGCUGGAUGCACACGAGAAGGCCCUUCACGAUGAAUUGUUACCCGAGGGCCCCUUCUCAGAGAUCAUUACACGCUGCGUGAAAUUUGCUUCGGUGUCGAACGGCUGGGCGACACGAGAGAAGCGGCGGAGUGGCGCAGUGGUGUUUGAGAAAAAAAGCAACUACUCUGGAAAAACGGCGGUUCUUGUGGUUGCCAACAUCCCACAUGCGAACGCGGGAACUUUGCAACAUUUGCUUCUUGACGAUCCUGAUUUUGAGGACGAUAAGGGAUCCUACGCGUACCAGUACGACAGUUUACUGGAGAGACGGGCGAGUGUGAAGGCACUGGGCAUAAAUGAGCGUUUAGUGUUGACGCGAUACAAAACACUUCAAUGGGGCGUUGCACCCCGAGAAGUUUUAACUUGGGUUAGUUGCGCAAAUCUUUUUACACCUUCGCAACAGGAAGCACUCGGCAUACGGCCUGACAAUGGCAAGGGGUUAUUGGCAUUUUCUCAGUGUGGAGUUGCAUGCUUAGAUGACUUUGUUACACUUCCGCCAUCAAUAGCCUCGGAUGGGCAUGAACGUGCAGUAUCGCAUAUUUAUCAUAUCAUGGGCCUUGAGGAGGCGGAUGGCUCUCUGACACUUCAUCUCUGUCACGACGUAGACCCCAAAGGAAAUAUUCCAGGCACAUUUCAAUUUUAUGCAAACAAACAGCAUGUUAAAAAGACAGAGGCUAUGAUGAGGCUACUUUCUGAAAUUGGUCCCAAGCCAAAUAUUGUGCGUCCGUACGUAAAUGCGAGGGACUUUAUCCCUUUUAUAAACCGUCCAGUGCCUCGUAAAAAUAAAAAAUUAAGCGGGGAAGCCCCAACCUGUGAACACACGAGGGAACUCCCUCCUGCAGAUACCGUGCCUGACCCAGAGGCGGAGAGAAUUGUGAAAAGCGUCGUAGAAGGCCUUUUGCUUCGCCAAUGGAAAUUGGUUUUGGAUAAAAAAGGAAUUUCUCUCUGGUCGACGGUAUUGCCGUGGUGUGACAAGAAGGCAAUGAAGACAGUUACCUUUGUUCCUGGUGCGACACCGAGAGAUUUGGAAUCCGUUCUUGCAGACAUGAGCAUUGCAAAAAGGCUGGCCCGUGGCGUAGAGAGCAGGGGGGAAAUCAAAAAAGUUUCGGACUCAAUUUCGAUAUUUCGCACAACGUUUUCGUCUCCGGUGUCAGGCAUUGACCCACGCGAGAUGGUGACACGUGAAGUGACUUGCUACUACCCUAGCCUGGCCAAAUGUGCUGCGCUUGGGAUUCCCUGUAGUGAUGGAGCGAAGGAGGGUUCUAUCUUUCUGCACGUUGGCGAGGACGCAACGGAAGAGUUACCACCAAAUCCCAAAUAUCAGAGAGGGCGUGUUUUUAUGUCCCUCGCGAUGGCGGAGGAGAUGGAGGAUAAGAAGGGUAUGCGAGGUAUUCGCGUGACAAGAAGUGCAUCGGUUGAUCCUGGCGGGUCCAUUCCGACGGCUAUUGUUGACGGUGUUCUUUUUCUGCAGUGGCAAGAAGCGGCAAGGUUGGCGGACUGCAUCAAGGAGGUAGCAGCCGCCAGGCUAAAGAGUUUGUGA